AUGUUUACGUUGCAAGACGUAGCGGCAAUGGAAACAUGCAGAAGGCAAACAGAACAGGUUGCGCUCGUCGCUGUCCACAGGCCGAACCGAUUAGAGAAAGGUUGUUCUGGAAGUCUCCACCCUGAACUGUACAAACAGCUCAUGGAUUUCCUGCGCCGGCCGCAGGCCAUCGGUGCCGAGCAAAGCCCAGCUGCCAUCCAUGCAAGGUCUUCCACGAUGAUAGGAUUCACUGUCCAAUCCGACAACGCACAAACCGCACAUGCCCAACUUUUCUUGGUGCCGCGCACUGCACGCCUACAGGACAGCAAGUCAACAUCACACAAUCCAACUGCGCACGCGAGCAAGGUCCUUUGGCGUGCAUGGCAUGCAACACCACGAACUUGCAAAUCGAAGAAUGUCCCCGGCACAAUGAAAAGCACCGCUGCUGCGGUCCAGCUCGCGUCAGCAUGCACUGCGCCGUCCACAUGCACACCGAAAGCUGCAAGAUGGAAGCAAGCCAUCUUGUGCUUUGUGGCCGAUGGCGUCUUUAACUGGCAAUGUUCACUUUGCCCUUGCUGCAAUGGAACAUGUAGAAUGCAAACAGGUUGA